AAGCCUGCCCGUGCAGGAAGCUCCCAAGGUAGCUUCUGUAUCAAGGAGACCGAGGCCCACGAGCCUCUCCUCCAGGAGAAUCCUCACCGAUUCGUCCUCUUCCCCAUCAAGUAUCACGAGAUCUGGCAGAUAAUUGAUCUCUCGAAGGAUUUGCACGACUGGAACAACCGUCUCAAUGAUGACGAGCGUUACUUUAUCUCCCACCGCUUCAGCGGCGAGGUUCAGAUUCCUGAAGCUCGCUGCUUCUAUGGAUUCCAGAUCAUGAUGGAGAACAUUCACUCCGAGACAUACUCUUUGCUCAUUGACACCUACAUCAACGAGCCCAAGCAACGUACCUACCUGUUUGAUGCUAUUGAUAACAUUCCUUGCAUUCGCAAGAAGGCUGACUGGGCUCUUCGCUGGAUCUCCGACAGAGAAUCCACAUUCGCUCAGCGACUGGUUGCAUUCGCUGCUGUUGAGGGUAUUUUCUUCUCUGGCUCAUUUGCGUCCAUCUUCUGGCUGAAGAAGCGCGGCUUGAUGCCUGGUCUUACUUUCUCCAACGAGUUAAUUUCCCGUGACGAGGGUCUUCACACUGACUUUGCCUGCUUGCUCUUCUCUCACCUCAACGUUCGCCCAAGCCCUCAGGUGGUUGAGAAUAUCAUUAUCGAUGCUGUUUCAAUCGAGCAGGAGUUUCUGACGGACGCGCUUCCUUGCGCCCUGCUCGGCAUGAACUCUAAGCUAAUGUGCCAGUAUAUCGAGUUUGUUGCCGACCGUUUACUCGUUGCUCUCGGCAACAAGAAGUACUACAACUCCACCAACCCCUUUGACUUCAUGGAGAACAUUUCCCUUGCUGGCAAGACCAACUUCUUCGAGAAGCGUGUUGGUGACUACCAAAAGGCUGGUGUCAUGAACAGCACCAAGAAAGACAAGGAAGCCGAAAAGAAAGAAGACAAUGCUGGCGGUCUUAGCUUCGAUGAAGACUUUUAGACCUGAAGCACUCUUUCUUGAAAUUUUCUUACGGAUAUCAGCGGGCUGUACAUGGCGUUGUCUCAUUUUCUUUGUAAACGAUUUGCUUUGCUUUUCUUAUGUCAUACCUCGAUGAGCUCAAUACACGGGUCCGGCGGCGUUAGUUAGGAUUUUGUCUUGCAUUUUAUUAUAUGCCCGGUGGUUCUUGUGUGACUGUAAUUAGCAUUAAUCCCAAUGUGGAUUUGGAUAUGUGAACCACGUGGACCAUGUAGGGAAUAUCAAUUGAUAGUAUAUUACAUCUAUAUACAGACAUAUUCGAAACCUCCA